AUGAUCAAAGCUGAGGGCAUUUCACAGGAUCAGGCGAAGGUGAAUUCACCGGCUCUGUUUUUCUUGAUCGCAGCUGAGGUAGACUCUGCAGAUCACCUGCUGCAGAAGCUCCUCCCCCGAAAGACUUACUCACCCAAUCUUGCCAUCGACAGGGCGGUCCAGACUAGACUACCAGACAGUCCUCCCAGCCAAUCAGAGGCACUCACCAAAGAUGCUCCAACAGCCCCCACUGCAGCAGCACUGCCUCCGGCUCUUCCCACUUCCUAUGCCCCCCCUCUACCUCCUCCCUUACCCGGUGCUAUGACUCUUCCCCUUCCACCCCCUCCACUGCCGCCCACACCCUUACCUGGUGCUAUGGCUCCUCCCCCUCCACCCCCACCCUUACCUGGUGCUGGACCUCCACUCCCCCCCUCUCCUCCAGGUGACAUCAGAGCUGAGACAGUUCAAAGUCUGGGCAGGUUAUAUAGCAGCUCUGCUCCUAAUUCAAGCAACACCCCCUGCCCAACACUGCGGAUGAAGAAGCUGAACUGGCAGAAACUUCCAUCCAGACUGGUGUCAGGUGAGGCCUGGUGUUGGCCCAGGUCAGGUGCAGGAUUCAUCCAAGCUGACGUCACUCUGUCCACAGGCCACGAGUCUCUGUGGACGUCGACAUCUUUGGACUCCAUGGAGCCAGAUUACUGCAGCAUUGAGCAGCUCUUCAGUCUCCCUCCGACUGAGACCAAGACCAGAACCAAGUCAAAGACGGAGCCCAAAGAGGUGUCCUUCAUCGACGCCAAGAAGAGCCUUAACCUCCACAUCUUCCUCAAGCACUUCAAAUGUUCCCACGAGGACUUUGUGGAUCUCAUCCGAAGAGGAGACCGAUCAAAGUUUGAUGUCGAGGCCCUGAAACAGUUCAUUAAACUCCUCCCAGAGAAACAUGAGUUGGCUGCUGUGGUGGUGUUCUUGUUUCUGUUUGUGUGUGUUGUUUUGUGUGCAGGUGUGAAGGAGAGCGCUCGGCUGCCAGUCUUCUGUAAACUAAUCCUGAGUGUCGGAAACUUUCUCAACUAUGGAACUCACACAGGGAAUGCUGAAGGCUUUAAGAUCAGCACUCUGCUCAAACUGACCGAAACCAAAGCCAACAAGUCGAGAGUCACGCUGCUGCACCACAUCCUGCAGGAGGCUGAAGAGAAUCACCCCGACCUGCUCAACCUGCCCGAUGAACUGGAGAUCUGUGCAAAGGCUGCUGGGCUCAGCUUGGACUCUAUUCAGUCUGAAACAAACACUCUAAACAAACGGCUGAAAAACUCAGAGAGGAGCGUUUCCUCCUCAUCUGACAUGAAGGAGCAGUACCUGUCCACCGUACAGGAGAGCCUGCAGGCUGUUGAGCAGCUGCAACUCCUGCUGUCAUCUGUGGAGGAGCAGAGGAAGCACCUGUCCGCCUACCUCUGUGAGGACAGCAGCAGCUUCUCUCUCGAAGAGCUCUUCAGCACCAUCAAGACAUUCAGAGACCUCUUCCUUCGAACCCUUAAGGAGAACGAAGGUCACAGGGAGCAGAAGAAGAGGUUGGAGGAAGGGAGGAAACUGAGAGAAGAAGCCCCCACCAGAAAGAUCAUUAGGACGGACAUGGCCAAUUGGGACGAAGGAUGCAUCGUCGACAACCUGCUGGCCGAGAUCAGGAAGGGCUGCAGGCUGAGGAAGACAAGGCCACGGGCAGAGCCGGACGGUGGGGUCGAAGGUCACCCCGGGGUCAGGCAGAUGUCAGCGGCCCAAGACAAGCCAGAUUUGCCCGAGAAGCCUCGGGAGGAGGUCCGGACUCCCACACAUCCACCUGCUGGAACCAGACCAGAACCAGAGCCAGACAGAGCUGCCUCAGAGCUCCAGGCCCUCGGUGAACCCCCUGCAGCUGAGGUCCAGGGUCCGGAGUCUGAAGUGGACACCGGACCGGCGCAGCAGGAAGUCCAGCACGCAGCUAGUCAGCAGGAUGUGACCCAGGUCAACAGGAGCAAAGAUCCUAACCCGGAAGAUUCUGCUCCCCAGAACGCAUCGAACACCUUAGACACCAGCCCGGCAGGUAGAGUGAGGCGCUGUGCUCUCUGCUUCAGGCUUUGAGCACG